AUGCGGGUAAACAUAGUUCUUCUGGGCCUUUUGGUACCUUGCAUCAGCGGCAUUUCCUGGAGGAACCAGAAGAAAGCCACAUCUCUUGUCGGGGGUUCAGACAAGCCCUCCGAGUCACCCGAGGCUCCCCGGACCCCCAACAUCUACGCAGUUGCGUUGAGCGAGCUCGAAGGACUUCAGUCUGAGCCUCUCUGCCAUCGCGUGGCCGCACGGCUUCUUGUCAACAACUGCCAGUCAGUUGAUGGCAAAAACGAUGCCACCGUUCUCACCGACAGCGGGCGGCAAAUCCGCGACUUUGUCGACUCGUAUGCCGCGAGCCUUGCGAUUUGCGACCUGGAGCGCGGCAGCUUCUCGAUCCCCAAGGAGUGCGCCAAGUUUCGUGAACCGUCACUGAGCCAAAUUGCCAUGCAUGAUGAGCCACAGCUGCAUCUCACCGACGGCGUCGAGGCUGAGCUUCAAAAGCGCAUGGACGACCUCGACAAUCGCGCCCGGCAGUCUGUUGAGGCGCUCGCACAGCUCACACCACACAUUGACCGGCUGAACGAAGGGUUGGGGCGCGUGGAAAAGUACCUCUUCAAGGACCUUGACUCGGCGCUCAAGAAGACCUCGGAGUCCUACCACGAUGGACUCCAGCAGCGCGACAAAUACGACUAUGUCUUCGUUCUGAUCGCGAUGCCAGAACUAGCUUAUCAUCACUUGCUUUCAGCGCACGGCGUCGGUCUCGACUUGAGUGGGACACGGAAAAUAGAGGCAUCGGGGCAUAUACGAGGAUCUCGGCGUUCAUGA